AAAUUGCGUAGUAAACGCCCCGAUGAAAUGCACGAUAUGCCAGAUUCUUCAUCCGGUACUUAUGCAACGGCUUUUACCUCUCUAUGGUCUCUUAGUGAUAUGUUUAUUUCAGCAAGCGAACCAGAACUAGCUGCAAGCAGGUUUGAAGGCAAACGCGAGUAUCGAUCACCAAACCGCAGCACGCGGAAUUAUUCGCCACUCAAUCGUCGAGAAUCACAUAGGCCUUCAGUGCGUGAAGAAUGCAUGAGAGGCGGUUUGCAGGAGCAUGAUGAAAUCAUCAAAGAAGCCUCCAGACUGCAAAUCUCAUCACUACGACGUGAAAUUGAACAACUGCAGAAGGGUGCUGAGGAUCGGAAAGGAAAGCUGCAGCAGGUGAACUUUGGCAAGAAUCGCACUGUUUGGUGUGGCAAACGAAAAGAACGACAGAAAUGGUUGGCUAUCAUCGAUGCUGAAGGCAUCAAAACACUCGUGGUUGGAUACCUACUAUCAACUUACGAAGCGCGAAUUUCGAUGCUCGCUCGCGAGAAUGAAAUGUUCGUGAGGAAGCUUGAUCAAAUGGAGAAGGAGCGUCAAUCAAUGUACUGGGUUGCGCUCAAGAAAAGCAAAGAAACAGCUGCACAAGACAUUCAGCAGGUUACGUCUUAUUUUAGCCUUUCAGAAGUCAUACAGUUUUGCCUUUCGGAAGACAAUGCUGCACAAUUUACGUAA